CUUUGUUCGCUCAACGGGGAAGUUUCAUGAAACAAAUGCCUACCCACCCGAGGGAGCGGCCAUAUGGCUGCUCAACCUGCACGGCACGGUUCGCUUCGCUUCGCUGUCAAACCUAACCAAACAGAUGCGUAGGUGCUCACACUGGGAAGAGGCCGUUUGGUUGCUCUGUCUGCGUUGGACGGUUCACUGCUCGAUCCAGCCUCACCAUACACAUGGGGACCCACACAGGGGGAGCGGCCGUACGGCUGCUCCAUCUGCACGGCACGGUUCGCGAGACCGGCAGUCCUCAACAGACACAUGCGUACCCACACUGGGGGAGCGGCCGUACGGCUGCUCCAUCUGCACGGCACGGUUCACGAGACCGGCAGUCCUCAACAGACACAUGGGGACCCACACGGGGGAGCGGCCGUGCGGCUGCUCCAUCUGCACGGCACGGUUCGCGACACCGGCAGUCCUCAACAGACACAUGCGUACCCACACUGGGGGAGCGGCCGUACGGCUGCUCCAUCUGCACGGCACGGUUCACGAGACCGGCAGUCCUCAACAGACACAUGGGGACCCACACGGGGGAGCGGCCGUACGGCUGCUCCAUCUGCACGGCACGGUUCACGAGACCGGCAGUCCUCAACAGACACAUGGGGACCCACACGGGGGAGCGGCCGUGCGGCUGCUCCAUCUGCACGGCACGGUUCGCGACACCGGCAGUCCUCAACAGACACAUGGGGACCCACACGGGGGAGCGGCCGUACGGCUGCUCCAUCUGCACGGCACGGUUCGCGAGACCGGCAGUCCUCAACAGACACAUGGGGACCCACACUGGGGGAGCGGCCGUACGGCUGCUCCAUCUGCACUGCACGGUUCACUCAACCGUCACGCCUCACUAAACACAUGGGGACCCACACGGGGGAGCAGCUGUAUGGCUGCUGUUUCUGCAAGGCACGAUUCAUUGUUCAAUCAAGUCUCAUCAGACACAUGCGGACCGACGAGAAGAGCGGUCCGCAUGCGUCCGCGGUCCGCAAUUUUAAAACAUUAGGUAU